CAUCUAUAUUGAGCUGUGCAUAACAUAUAAAUCAGGUGGAGAACCUGUCACCACACUGUUUGGAGGUAAAGCUGUAAAAAUGAAGAGGUUCAUUUUUCUGAUUUUUAUCAUAUCUCUCAGCCAUGGCGACCCUAGAGGAAAACUAUAUGAAAGAGAUAGAGUUUGCCAGGAAUUUACAAAGUUUGGAACAGAAAAAUUCUCUGCCAUGGCGGUCAUCAUGAACAGCAGAAAGUAUUCCAAUGCUACUUUUGAAGAAAUAGGUCACCUAGUGAAAGCCAUAGGCUCACUGGUAGCCACAUGCUGCGCCAAAGGAGCUGCCGCUGACUGUUAUGACAAUAGGGCUUCUGCCUUGUCUGCCAAGUCUUGUGAUCCGAAGUCUCCAUUCCCUAAACAUCCUGGGGUUGGAAGUUGUUGUCUUCACAAGGGUCUUGAAAGAAAACUGUGUUUGGCUGACUUAAAACAACCUCCAAAGGAAUUUCCAACAUAUGUGGAACAGUCUAAUGAAGAAGCUUGUAAUGCCUUUAAGACUGAUGCACAAGCAUUUUCCACAAGAUUUUUAUAUGAAUAUUCCAGCAAUUAUGCACAAACUCCACUUCCUGUUAUCCUCAAUUCCACAGAGAACUACUUGAGCAUGGUUAAGGAUUGCUGCACAUCUGACAAGUCUACAUCAUGUUUUCUCAGAAAGAAACUUGAAAGGCAGCCACUGCAUUUACUUACUGUGAUGUCCAACAGGCUAUGUUCUCGCUUUGCCAGUUAUGGGGAAGAUAAAUUAAAAUUCAGUGCUUCAAUAAUGUUCAGUCAAAAGGUUCCUUCUGCUGACUUUAAGGAUGUGAUGACACUUGCGGAGCAAGGCACCCAAGUGCUUGCCAGCAGUUGUGGUUUCUUUACAGAAAAGAAUAUCGAGAAUGAGCUAUCUGAACAUGUUAAACAGGUAUGCCACACACUUUCCAAAGAUGAGAGGAUUUCUGCUUGCUGCAAGAAAUCAUCAAUAGAUGCUCUCCUCUGCUUACAUUCCAUGCCAGCUGCUGAACCUAUUAAACUUUCGACACUUCAACUGCCAACCAGUGAAAAACUGUGCAAGAAAGGCAAAAAUCAGGAGCUUAACAAGUACAUGUACGAGUUAGCAAGGAGAAAUACUAAGCUGCCAGAAGUGUUUAUUGAUAAGCUGUAUGAGUCUAUGGCAGAUGUGAUACAGAAAUGCUGCAGCUCUGAAAAUGCUAAUUCCUGCCUGCAAAAGAAGAAAACGCAACUGAGUGAAGAAAUUAAAACAUAUAUCAGUGAAGGCAAUGAGCUGUGUGGAGACUACAAUAAAUACCAGUUUUCUGAAUUCAAGGCGAGGAUAAUUAAGACUUUCAGCAGCAGGACUCCAAAACUAACACCAAAGAAGGCGGAAGAAGUAGCAGAAGAGAGAGCAAAUCUAGCAUCAACGUGCUGUAUAAUAAAUGCACCUCCAGUGUACUGCAAGGAGAAGAUAAACAAAGUAUUUCGAAAGUUGUGUAAUCGGGAACCUUGCAUUCUACAAUAGGAACAUGGUUUGCUGCCAGUUUUAAAAUCCAGAGAAGAAGGAGAACGUGAUAUAGAUCACGAGCUUGGUCUACCAUGAAAAUACUGCAAUGUUCCUCUCAGAAAAUGUUUGUUACCACAUAUAUUUUAUAUAUGAUGGAUAUGAAAUAAAAUAUGUUGAUGUUA